AUGCUAGCCUCAAGAGCCGGAGCUUCCAUUCUGCGGUCCACAGUCCGCCAGCCCAUCAGUAACCAAGUGGCUUUCACACGCUCCGUUGGCCAAAGAGGAUAUGCAAGCUUGGGCAAUGCUCACAAGGCAAGCGACCGGACUUGGCUGCUCACCUCGCUCGGAAUCUCCGUCCCCAUCGGCUUGUAUCUAGUGUCAAGCGGAUCCGCAAAGAAGAAGCCCAUCGGGCACGGAAAGGAACACGAAGGCUACAAGAGCCAUGAAGAAUACGCGUGGGAACAGCCUACCGAGAAGGAUGUAGCCAAGGCGAAGCUGAAGGAAACCAGUUCGGACAACAACAAUCUGAACUUCAAAACGCCCGAUGAAGGCAACUCCAAGCAGUCGAAUCAAAGGGACAGGCUGAAGGACGACAAGUCGGCCGGAAAGUUGGGAGUCGUCUCGGAAGGUUCAUCCACAUAUGAGGCGAGCCCCAAGACCGUUGUUCCGCCGCCCUCAGCAGAGUCGUCGCACCCAAGUGGAAAAGAGUCUUCAACCAGCAGCGAGUCCGACCUGCCCGAUUCACGACCAGGUGCCAGCUUGACCGAAAAGGCCAUCAACAGGGAAUAA